AUGUCAGCACCUUCUUUCGACUUCCCGGUCUUGACAGACACUCGUCCUGAUGACCACUCCCUCCCAGCCUUCAUGGUCUCAACGACCAGAGGCUUCCUACCCCGGCAAGACCCAGUCAUCGAACUCCCACCCGAAUUCAAAGCGGUUGAGUCCAUCCUCCAACGCAUGCCCGUCAAGACUUUGUCUGGGAAACCUGGGCUUCUUGCAAGCUUCACCUUCGGUGACACUGUUGUCAAGGAGCUUCCAGAUUUGACAACCGAAGUUGAAAAAUAUCGAGAUGAUCUCGUGGUUAUGAAUGCCCUCUACCGUGACUACUCCUUCCUAGCCUCAGCGUAUCUCCUCGAACCCUGCCAUGGACGUUAUCUUGAAGGCGAACCGUAUGGCCUGGGUCGACAGUCCUUGCCACGAUGCAUCGCGCUGCCGAUCGUGAAGAUUGCUGAUAUUGUCGGAUUCAAGCCCUUCAUGGAGUAUGCGGGUUCCUACGCGUUGUUCAACUAUCGAUUGGAGGAUCCAGAGAAGGGUCUUGACUACAACAAUCUUCGUCUAGUCCGAGCCUUCGAGCAUGGUCUUGAUCCAACAUCAUCAGAGGCUGGUUUCGUCUUAGUGCACAUUGCCAUGGUCAAGGAGUCCGGCGCCCUAGUCAAGGGUACAGUCGAAAUGCUUGAGGGAUGUAUGACUUGCAAUCGUGAGAGAUUUGAUGAGGGACUUCGAACCUUGGUGGAGGGGUUGAAGAGGGUCAACGCCGUGAUGAACACUAUGUGGAACCGUAGCAAGCCGCAAAGCUAUACAACGUUCCGCACAUUCAUUUUUGGCAUUGCUUCCCAGUCUAUGUUCCCCAAAGGCGUUGUUUAUGAAGGAGUGAGCGAAGAGCCGAUGUCCUUUAGGGGCGAAUCGGGGGCAAACGACAGCAUGAUUCCUCUGUGCGACAACCUACUUCAAAUCCAAAUGCCGCAAACGCCACUCACGGAAAUCCUUAAAGAUUUCCGCCAAUAUCGGCCUGGGAAUCAUCGUGAGUUCCUCGAGACUGUGCGGGAUUGUGCAGAGAAAUCCAACUUAAAGGACUUUGCUCUUGGCGACCCUGUUUCCGCUGCACUGUAUCUUCAAGCGCUCGACCAGGUUCGUGACUUCCGCUGGCGGCACUGGUGCUUUACAAGAGAGUAUAUCCUCAAGCGCACUAUGCAUCCGACGGCGACUGGUGGAAGCCCUAUCGUUACCUGGCUUCCAAACCAGCUGCAAGCUGUCAUGGCUCAAAUGGUUGACACUUCAAUGCACUGCAAAUCGGUGCAUGGUGUCAGCGACAUCAUGGACACGGUUAACCACCAGCAAGAGACGCUGAAGAAAGAGGUGGCGAAAUAUUGCGGGGAGAGGGGAGUUGCUCGAAAGCGCCAAGAAGUCAUGACCUCACGACAUGCGAAACUGAACCCCGUGGAUCGGCGGAAGGGGGAAUCAGCCCUUAGCGAAUUCGCAGACUACGUACAGAAACAACAGGCACUGCGACGGCCGCCCGGACAGACCCCCGCGGUACUCGAAGACCACGACGAGCUCGAUAUUAUCGACCAAUUAGGCCUAUCCGACGACGCUGUAUCCCACGUUAGGUUGAAAACCCUCCUGCUCGACCCCGCGGACGAUAAUGUCGCUGCACUUGCGGAUUACCUUCGCGGUCGUCUGGCUGAAGGCCACGGCGAGAUGCUGUUUGAUCUUGGGUUGGAGGAUAAUGGCGAUCCGAUGAACUUCUCGAAAAAGGAGUGGGAUGCGGCACUGCUGCGCCUGGGAGAGGCGUGUGAGAGGGUUGGCGCUGAUGUUAAGAUGCUGAUGACAAGGAACGUGGGCGGGGAAGUUGAGGUGGGGCCGCUAACUGCGAAAGAUAAGGGUGCAUCAGGGAAGUUGAUGAUUAGACGGAGGCCGGAGAGUGUGGAUGAUGUGAUUGAGACGAGGAUAGCGGUCGUGGGAAAUGUGGACGCGGGAAAGAGUACUAUGCUCGGCGUGCUUGUUAAGGGAGGUCUUGACGAUGGCCGAGGUAAAGCGCGGGUCAAUCUCUUCCGGCAUAAGCAUGAACUUGAGAGUGGACGGACCAGCUCCGUUGGUAUGGAGAUUAUGGGCUUCGAUAGCAAAGGCGAUGGAGUAGUCUCGAAUGUUGCUGGUCGGAAGUUGACUUGGGAGGAGAUUGGUAGACGCUCCGCCAAAGUCAUCAGCUUCACCGAUCUAGCAGGACACGAGAGGUACCUCCGAACCACAGUCUUCGGCUUGCUGAGCUCUGAGCCUAAUUAUUGUCUAUUGAUGGUUGCGGCAAAUAAUGGUUUGAUUGGCAUGAGCAAAGAGCAUCUUGGAAUUGCUCUAGCGCUUAAUGUUCCCGUCAUGGUUGUCAUCACCAAAAUCGACAUUUGCCCGCCGCAAAUCCUCGAGCAAACGAUCUCCCAAUUGACCAAAAUCCUUAAAUCUCCCGGCGCAAGGAAAAUUCCGAUCUUCGUUAAGAAUCGAGAGGAUUGUAUUAACACCGCUACUCAAUUUGUCUCUCGCCGCAUUUGCCCCAUCUUCCAAGUAUCAAAUGUUACAGGUGAUAAUCUCGACCUUGUCCGCACGUUCCUAAACAUCCUCCCCCACCACGGAAACUACAAUGCAGAAGCACCGCUCGAAUUCCAUGUCAACGACACUUUCUCAGUCCCAUUCGUUGGCACCGUGGUCUCAGGCGUCGUCAAAAGUGGCGUCAUCCACACGGGUGACACCAUCGUAAUCGGCCCCGAUAGCUUGGGCUCCUUCACCACGACUAAAGUCCGCUCUAUCGAACGCAAACGGAUCCAGGUCCCUGGAUGUAGCGCGGGUCAAAGUGCCAGCCUCGCCCUCCGUAACAUUCGUCGCAAAGACGUCCGAAAAGGCAUGGUCGUGCUGCACAAACAAGAAAAACCAGAUCCUGCAACUGGCGCCAUCCUCCAACCGAAAGUCUACCGCGAGUUCAUCGCCGAAGUGCUCAUCCUGUCACACGCUACUACUAUUAAAACGAAAUACCAGGCAAUGCUGCAUGUAGGCCCAGUGUCGCAGACUUGCGCGAUCAUCGAUAUUGAUAGGCAGUUUAUUAGGACGGGUGAUCGGGCGCUGGUUGCGUUUCGGUUUGUGCAGAGGCCGGAGUAUUUAACGGUGGGGGAUCGGAUUUUGUUUCGCGAGGGCAGGACGAAGGGAUUGGGCAUCGUGAAACAGGUGGGUUAUGAUCGGAAUAAGCCGUUAAAUCCGGAAUUGGGGAAGGAGAAAGAGAAGGCAAAUGAGUUGAGUUGA